AUGGCACCGCGGGAAAGGAACAUUCCUCGCUUGUACAUCCAGAGGAACUGUUUGACAACAGUCUGGAACAAAGAUGUUGAAUUUUCAAAUGGUAUUCCAAUGGGGAAAAAAUGGCAAUUUGCUAUUUAUCCCUUUUCAGGUUUUGCGGUCCGUCAGUCGGUUUCGCAAGCAUCAACUAGAUCUGUUCAGAAACAUGAAGAGGAUUUAUUUGUAUGGAAAAUUCUUGUACGAUAGAAGACGAUUCCAUUGUUGCAAUGGUCAAUGUCUUGAACUUCUGUUUCAAGGGAAAAUUUCGUACUCCUUAUCGGUUCCAUUGAUAAACGAUGAAAACAUUUCUUUCUGAAAUGUAAUUAAGACAACUGGGUAAUCAUAUGUUGCAAAUACAUGCAAUUUAUCUGCAACUGUCACUGCCUCUUUUUUUAAAUUUACGAACUUUUGCUUGAGUGAAGAAAUCUCUUCACCCCUUUUUAUUCUUUCAUGAUUCUUAAUAAUAUUCUUAACAAACAUUUAAUAUAAUAUCUAAAAAUAAAUACACUUCUAAAUGGGCUUUUUAAUUAUUUAAAAUUUUUUUAAUUUUUCACUUUGGAAUCUUAAUUUUCUAAUUUUUUACUUAAUAAUUUUAUUUAAAAAUUAUGUAUGUUUUUGUAUGUGUAAGUAGCAUGUACUUGGUUAAAAUUAAUAAUCCUAUUUUAUAUCCACGUAUAGAAAAGGGCUGUAAUUAAAUUAAUUGUAAUUUAAAAAAAGAACAUUUUUACAGCUAAAAGCUGAAGGUAAAUAGAUUUCUUGAAAUAAAUAAUGUAUGAAGAAUUGUAAAAUGAGUUAAUAAUCAUCUUUGGAAUUAAGAACGGACGAAUCAUAAGAAAAUCUGUUGCAACAAAAGUAGGUAUUGCAGAAGACUCCGUUAUGGCCAGUUACUAGAAAAAGCGAACGUUGAUUCCACGGGAGUGCAGUAGGUUUUUACUAACGAAAAGUGAACAUUCCCGAGGACAUUAUGGGAAUUACUGUAAAAGGGUGCAGUGGAUUAUCUUUGAAUAUAAGGAAACAUCAUAAAAAAGUUAUGGGUGGUGGUUAUUGAAGAAAGUAAAUUUGAAAUUUAUACCAUAUGGUACUGCAGGGACUAUGAAAAGACAUCUUGGAUUAGUUCAGUGUAAUAAAAAAGAAGACUAAACGUAUGUGCUCCUCACAGAAGACAUGAUAAUUGUGAACAAUUAUAUGAUAAGUAAAGUGAAUUUAUAAGUUGUGGAUGACCCUGCAGAAUGGCAGUAGAUUACUCUAGUAAUUGCCUUCAACAUUUUCAUGGUGUCCAUAAUAUCUGUUCUCUUUUUAUCAUAGCAAUGUUGUGAGCAAUUGCUGAGAAAAGUAAAGUUGUUUUUCUAUGCUUCUUUUUAACUGAAAGAAGCAUAAGUUGCACAUGACUGUGGUGAUACAGUGAUAUUAUACAUGACUCAAGAAAAGAAGAAGACACCAUUGUUUGUUCAUCAUAAGACUGAAACACAAUACAUAACUACUUUUAUAGUUUUACAA